AUGGAAUACGAAGCAAAGGAGCUGGAAAAGAAAGCUGAGCAGUUGAACAAGAAGGGAUUUCUCUCUUCUUUUUUUGGAUCCGACAACAGCGAUGAAAUGAUUAAUUGCUACAACUUGGCUGCGAACAAGUACAAGCUCUGUCACAAAUGGAAGGAGGCCACAGCAUGUAUCCUGAAAAACGCAAUCCUGCACAAAAAUAACAAUGAAACGAGUUACUGUGCAAAUGCUUACUUGGAGGCAGGAAAUAUAGCUAAAAAAUACGAUAAAAUGGAAGCCAUAAAAUAUAUUGAAGAGGCUGUUAACAUGUAUGCAGCCAUUGGUCGUUUUUCCAACUGUGGAAAGUGUGAAAAAAACAUUGCAGAAAUUUAUGAAGAUUUAUACGAAUAUAAUAACGCGUCCAAAUAUUAUAAAAAAGCAGCUUACUAUUUCGAAAUGGAUGAAUAUUCCAAGUCUAUUUAUACUCAAUCUAUUGUAAAAUACGCGGAGCUUAGUUCGCAAUACAAUGGAGAAUAUGAAGAAGCUAUAUCAAUAUUCGAAAAUGAAGCGGAGAAAGCCUUGAAGAGCACACUAUUGCAGUAUGGAGCGAGAGAUUAUUACAUAAAGGCAGGAAUCUUACAUAUUGUUAUUGGUGACAUGGUUAAUGCGAAAAUUUCAAUUGAUAAAUAUUGUAUGAACGAUCCACGUUUUUUAAAUUCAAGAGAAAAAAAGUUUCUAGAAAAUAUUAUCGAAGCUAUACAGGAACAAGAUGUAGAAUACUUCGAAGAAGUUGUUCAUGAAUAUGAUCGAAUAACGAAAUUGGACAACUGGAAAGUCCAUUUUCUUUACAACAUAAAAUCGAAAUUAAAUGCCGAGCCGAAUGUCAAAUUGACAGCUGAUGGCGGAGUGGAUUUAACUUAA